UAUUAAAGCCGUUAGCUGGCUAGAUGCAGGGAUUUUCUAUGGGUGCAGACAGAAAAUCAUGUGAACGAUUUAGGAUUAACAAUGUAUGCUCUCGGAGAUAUUAAAUUGAAAACAAUGGCGCUUUUCUGUUGAAUUAAUUCUACAUUUACAUUUUCUUUCAGUUUAACCGCGACUUGUUUCCUUUUCGAAAGACUGGAUUUGCCUUUCAACACACAGUGGUGAGGAUUGGAGGCUAGCUCGUCAGGUAGCAGCAGGCAGCCACAUCAGCACCGCUGUUCCCAGUCACACACGUUAGCAUCUGAGUUAUCGAGCUGCUGGUUUUGAUUUCGCAUGGAUUUAAAGAGCCUUGGGAUUAGCUUUUGCCAAGGUAGAAACAAUUUAUCAUCCUGUGUUGGUUUCUUGCAGAGAUUUCAUCAUGGCAGACAAUAUCAUGAGCAAGGCUGCUACCAUGGAGAUCCCCAUUAAUAGCAAUGGGGAUACAGGGACUCUGACUGAAGAUGAUAGCCUGGAGCAGGAUCUGCAGCAGGUGAUGGUGUCUGGACCCAACCUGAAUGAAACCAGUAUCGUCUCAGGAGGCUAUGGAGGACCGGCUGGGGGCAUCAUUCCAACAAGCUCCAUCAAAGACAUUCGCAUGAAAUCCAGGGGAGUUAACCUGGCUAAUAAUAAUGCUUCAGCCAGUCGACUGGCUCAUCACACAAACCAGCAUCCAGGGUCACUGAAUCAUACUAAUUCAACUGAAGAAGUUUCUCGUGGUGUGGCAGUGGAGAAACUGGACAGUGUAAAGAAAUGGGGCAUUAAUACGUAUAAGUGUACAAAGCAGAUGUUCUCUGAGAAGUUCGGCAGAGGCUCUCGAACGGUGGACUUGGAAUUGGAAGCCCAGAUCGAUGUUUUGAGGGACACCAAGAGCAAAUACGAAAACAUCCUAAGACUGGCGACUGCGCUCAUCACUCAUUUCCAAAGCAUGGUGCAAACGCAGCAGGCUCUCGGGGACACGUUCACAGACCUGAGUCAGAAGUCCCCUGAGUUACAGGAUGAAUUUGGGUAUAAUGCAGAAACACAAAAGCUGCUGUGCAAGAAUGGUGAGGCUUUGCUGGGUGCCAUCAACUUCUUUGUGUCCAGCGUGAACACCCUGGUCAAUAAAACCAUGGAGGAUACUCUGAUGACAAUCAGACAUUAUGAAAAUGCAAGACUUGAAUUCGAUGCCUAUCGCUCUGAUCUGGAGGAGCUAAGCUUGGGUCCAAGGGAUGCAGCUGCUAUGGUCCGCAUCGAGAUGGCUCAGCAGGAAUACCACACCUACAGAGAGAAAUACGAGCGGCUUCGCAGUGAUGUGUCCAUCAAACUUAAAUUUCUGGAGGAAAAUAAGGUAAAGGUGAUGCACAAGCAGCUGCUUCUCUUCCAUAAUGCAAUCUCAGCUUACUUUGCUGGCAACCAGCAGCAGUUGGAACAAACUCUAAUACAGUUCAAUGUAAAGUUAAAGCCUCCAGGGUCAGACAAGCCUUCCUGGCUGGAGGAGCAGUAAUGGACGCACAAAGUUCAUCUGCUUCUUGACAUUUUCAGUGACGCAACAGAUGAGUGGUUCGAAGGAUAUAUAUUAAAUGAUUAGGACCCAGAUUAAAAACCUUUUUGUAAUGUUUUUUUAGUAUCAUUUAUGACAUAGAUGAAAAUAUUCUUUUUUUUCUUUUUGUUACAUUACAAACCUCUUAUUUUGCUAUUCUUAUAGUUGGCACAAUCAUUUUCAGACAUGUCACCUAUUUAUGUUCAAGGUUGUAGUUUAGUAUGGAAGUUCCCUCAGGCAGUUUUGCACAUUAUUUUUCAUUUUUACCUAAAGAUACACGUAACAUGUUGGCGUAUAUUAAAUUUGAGGAAGUCCACAAGUUGGAGCAGCACAUCACAUCCCUGAGAUGGUGUACAUAACGUUAUGACAUAUCAUCUUAAAUGGUAUUUAUUUUCUGAAUCAUGUUCUUCAAAUUAACCUAUCGUGUUUCUCCUGUCACUUUGUGAAAUGCCUUCCAGAAGGGUCAUUGUACAAUGAACUAAUAUUUGGAAUGAAAUUACUUUUUUUUCUUUACUCUGAUAAACAGUCAUUAUCACUUUGGUCUUCUAAUUUUUUGAUUAUCCUCAGAUAUGCUGUAAUGAGCGCAGCAACACUACAGGUUUAUUAUUUCUUUCUUUUUUCUUUCUUUUUUUUUUAUCAAACUUUCUUUACCCUACUGUGUUUUGUCAUAUUUCGCAUCAGUGCAUUUGUUUGAUCCUUUGUCAGUAAAUGCAUAUAUUUCAGUUACAUAGACUAAAAAAGAUCAAUAAUCAGUGUCACCCAAGUUAAUUUUUGACUGGUAUAAUACCAAGUGACUAUAAAGCUAUGAACAGGAUGCGAGACUUAUUCUUAAAGUCUCAAACCAUAGAACACAAACAGUAAAAUCCCAAUAACGAAUGCACUUUAGUUUAAAAACAAAGGUCAGUGUCCCUUCCAAGACAGAAUGUAGAGCGUACCUUUUUUCAUAUUUUAUUUAUUCACCUGUUUGUAACAUAAGUGUAUAAUACUGAGGGUUCUCUAAGGUUGUAGUUGGCUGGUUGUAUUUUUCCUCUGUCUGCAUUUCCAAUAAAGUGCUGGAUGUUAUAAGUUUCAUUGAA